GAAAAAAGUACACAAAUCCAUUAGGUAAAGUAAUAAAGAUCAUAUCCUACCUAUUUCCUGAAAUAAGAAAAAGUGUUCAUAUCGUUAAUCAUUAGAAGUUCAAACGCGAUAUAUUCAAACAAACAUGGGAUUGUCAAAUGACAGGAUAUCGCAAAUAUCACUCAGUUUGCAAAGUAUUGACUAAUUGUUCAAAGUCAGUAUGAACUGCAGAAGAGUGUUAGUACCUGUUUGUAUUUUGUGUUUGAUGUGGAGUCUGUCUAGCGCUAAAAAAACACUGAAUCCAAGCUGUAGAAAACCCUAUUUUCAACUCGUUUUCAUGGCAAGAGCAAAAUUCCACACCAUGGAUAAAGCUAAAAUAAAUGGUUCAUGCAGUUGGUUGAAUGGUUGUAGAAGAGAGAAGAAGAUGUGUACGAAACAAAAAAAUUUAUCACGUAUACUGUGGAACGCAAGGAAGCUGGCUGUAAAAUACUGUGAAUCCCAAUUCAAAUACGACCAAUGGAAUUGCGCUUUCAACAUGAAAUACUUCAAAGAAUCAUUCAGGGAAACUGGAUAUAUGCAAGCUAUAGCAGCAGCAAGUUUGAUGUAUUCAUAUGGUGUGGCUUGUUCAGAAGGCCUGAUUCAAAGCUGUAAAUGCGGAAAACACGGGAAAGCUAUCAAUGGGAGUAAAUGGCAUUGGGGCGGAUGCAGCUUCAAUGUUCCAUACGCCAAAAGAAUGGCCAGAAAAUUUUUGAAUGUAGGAAAGAACGAGGAUGGUUUGGCUUUUUUGAUGAAACAUAACAGUGAAAUUGGAUUCAAGAGUGUUCAAUCCAGUUUGGAGAGAAAAUGUAGAUGUCAUGGUGUGUCAGGAUCUUGCUCCGUGAAAACUUGUUGGAGAGGAAUCAAACCUUUCGAGAAAAUCUCCGAAUUCCUGAAAAACGAAUAUCACAGCGCCAUCUCUGUGGACUUUACGAACGUAGUCAACAACCCAGUGAAGAAUACUGCGCACCGUAUCAUGUAUCUCAAACCUACGUUAGAUCUCUGUCAUACAACCGUUGGACGCCACUGUAACGGUACAGAUAACUGUGCAACGCUCUGCUGUGGUCGAGGUUACGAAGUAAAAAGUAUAGAGGUCGUUUAUAUCUGUAAUUGCGAGUGGAAGGACCAUGCUGUGUUCAAUGGGGAUGACUUGGUAUGUGAACAAUGUAGGAAGAAUCAAGAUGUUUAUACCUGUAAAUAAAA